UGUCAGCAGCCGCUGCUUGGGCUGCCUCUCCUAAUGAAGUGCUAAUAAGACGAUUCUGGCAGGAAGCUGCUCUGGAUACAGAGAGGCAAAGCAAUUCCCAGAAAGCUGCCAAGGAGUUUCUGCCUUUGUUGCCAUUGAUGGGCAGGAAUGGACAGUCUCAGCAGCAUCCUAAAACAGAAAGCCACAGAGAGGCAUCACAGAGCUGAAGUCAUGAUUGCAGGCGAGCAACUCAGGCUUCGAUUGCAUGAUGGGAAGCUGAUAAAGGACAGGCGCUUCCAUCUCCGCACGUAUCCAAAUUGCUUUGUGGCUAAGGAGCUCACUGAUUGGCUGAUCAACCACAAGGAGGCACCAGAUCGAGAAACGGGCAUUCGGUUGAUGCAGAAGCUCAUGGACCAUAACAUUAUCCAUCAUGUUUGUGAUGAACAUCUGGACUACAAGGAUGCCAAACUGCUAUAUCGCUUUCGCAAGGACGAUGGGACCUUCCCUCUCAACAAGGAUGUCAAGGUGUUCAUGAGGGGCCAGAGCCUGUAUGAAACAUUGAUCAAUGCAGAAGACUCCUUCCUGAAGGUUAGAGAAGAGAACUCUGUGAAAUAUCAAAGGACAUUCCUCAGUUGUGAAAUGGUCGACUGGCUGGUCCAAGAAGGGGAAGCAACAAACCGGAAAGAGGCUGUAGAGCUCUGCCAAACCCUCCUUGAGCAUGGAAUCAUCCAGCAUGUCUCUGGCCGGCACCAGUUUUAUGACAGUGACCUCCUCUAUCAAUUUCGCAUCAAUUUCCGUCGAAGGAGGCGCCUCACAGAGCUGCUCAAUGAGAACUCGCUCAGGGCAUCCUCAGACAGCCCCGACAGCCCCUUCUGCCUCCGCAAACUCAACCCCGAGCAAAAUGGUUCUAGCUUCCUCUCAGUCCAACCCAAUAAAGAAAUCAAACUGGUCUCUGCAGUUCGACGGAGCAGUGUCACCUCGCUUGCCGGUGGAGCCAAUGCCUACUUCAAUCUCUCUCCAAGUUUGGGUCUCCUGCCAGCUGUUGAAUGCAACCCCAAAUCUGUAUUGAAGAGACCCGUCACCAACGAGGAGCUGCUGACCCCUGGGGCCCCGUAUGUCAAGAAAACGCUCACGAUUGUGGGAGAUGCGGUCGGUUGGGGGUUUGUGGUACGUGGAGGACAACCCUGUCACAUUCAGGCUGUGGAUCCAGGAGGACCAGCAGCCGCUGCUGGCAUGAAGGUGUGCCAAUUUGUUUAUUCUGUGAAUGGGAUAUAUGUUCUACACUUGGACUACCAAACCAUCAGUAGUCUCAUCAUGACAGGGCCUCGGACACUUGUAAUGGAAAUUAUGGAAGGUAUUGAAUAAGUGAAAAGAACGGCCCAUUCCUUUUUGACACAUCUAUUUGUCUGAGGUUGGAAACAUACUGUGUCACCUAUGAACUGUCAUUCAUCUAAACACAGAAGGAACUGAGCGUUCUUCCUUAUGCCUACUGAUUCAUUACUACUGGAACAAGUCUUACAAUCUUUUAUUUGAUUUUGAAGAAACAGUCCUGAAAAGACCCCAAAAUAAUGACUUCUCCAGAGGCAUAAAGAAUUUAAUCGAGGCAUGACCCCCACUCCUCCAAAGAAGCAUGAUACGUCAAUGGACUGUGAGCCAUAAUUUUUCCAAAUACUACCAAAGUACAGCAUUAUCUCAAUAUCUUCUUCUGGUCUUGCUGCUGUUAUGUUUCUACAAGUCAAGUCCAGUUUGUGAUAAUUCUAUCAUUGGGUUCUCUUGAAAAGACAAAAAGGUUCCCUUUUGCCUUCUGUUGAGGAUACACUACACUGGCUCUGGACCUGUCCAGAUGUUCAACCUCAACUGUGGCAACAGUGGGUUGGGUUCUGCAGAGCUCCGGAGAGCUCCUGGCCAUCAUCGAGUAACUUUGCUGCCAUCCACAAAGGUGCUUACAUAACUAGGGGAGGGAGGUCCCUGUCAAUCAGGACAGUUAGAGGGUAUUCUAGGAUGUUUUUCUAGUCAUAGAAGAGAUGGAUUUUACACAUCUCAUACCAGGAGAGUUCUCUUACAUUCACGUCCUGCUCAUGGACUUACCAGAAGCAUCUAGUUGACCACUUGUGAAUACAACCUUGGACUACAUGAACUUUUAGGAUACUGUCCAACAUUUCACAGAGGAAAACUGGGGCACAUGGCAGCCAAGCAACAUCGGUUUGAGAACAUGUUUUGAUCUCAUCUAGCACAUUUCAUGUUAUGUCAUCAAUGAUGACAUAAAUGCUCUUCUUUCAUGCUUGUAGACCUUCACAAAAGCACUUACCAUCCUUAUUUUCCCACAAUACUGAGAAAUGGGGAAUGCAAUGUAUCUGUAAUCACAGAUGCAUCAUAUUGUCUAUUCCUUAGUAUUCCAAAGUCUUGAUGUAUGCUUAUGCCAUCCUUUGGAAGUAGGUUGUGGAACUUUUUUUUUUAAUGUCAGGAGCAACUUGAGAAACUGCAUUCUCUGGUGUGAGAGAAUUGACUGGCUGCAAGGACGUUGCCCAGGUGACACCUGGAUGUCUUACCAUCCUGCAGAAGGCUUCUCUCAUGUCCCUACAUGGGAAUCUGGAGCUGACAGAUGGGAGUUCACCCCACUCCCUAGAUUCAAACCGCUGAUCUUUUGGUCAGCAGUCCUUUCCUGCACAAGGGUUUAACCCAUUGCACCACAGGAGGCUCCUUGGUUGUGGAACUGAUUCUCAGUCAUGGCCUACUUCACUAGCAGAUGCUCUUAUUCUGCUUUCUAUUUCCAUAACAGCUUCAGAGUGGAAACUUUCAAUUCUACUUAUUUGCAUGCAUAGUAUGUUUUAAGAAUGGCCUGUAUUCCUGUUCAUUGUUGUUAUUGUUGUGUGCCUUCAAAUUGUUUAUGUUCUAUGAUGACUCUAAGGUGCCAUAGGUCACAGGGUUUUCUUGGCAAGAUUGGUUCAAGGCAGUUGCUUUUGCCUUCCUCUGAGGUUGAGAGAUGGGACUUGUCCAGGUCACCCAGUGGUUUUGUGGCCAGGCAGGGAUUCAGUUCCUGAUCUCCAGAAUCAUAGUCCCAUGCUCAAAACACUAUAUCAUGCUGGGAACAGCAUCACAAUAUGUAUUUGUAACCAUGUCAGCCUUCCACAGAAAGGGGCUUUCCAGUCUACAUUGUUC